CCUGGAGCCCCGCUGCCGCCGCCGCGGCCGCAGCUGCCGCCGCCGCACGCGCCGCGCAGUACCUGCGGAGCUCCAAGGAGGGGCUCGACGCGCUGCUGCGCCCGCUGCCCAGCCGCUCCCGACUGGGACCCCCCGGGGAGGGGCAACAGCAGCAGCAGCAACAACACCAGCAGCAGGACCAGCAGCAGCAACAACACCACAAGCAGCAGAAGCAGCAGGACGGACAGGGGUGGGGCAGUCCGGAGCGGAUGGGGGAGCGGCUAGAAGGGCCCGGAAUGGACGUCCGUGUCGUCCUGAGCGAGACGGAGGAGGAGAACCGGCGGCUGCGCGCCACCCUGGCCGUCAUGCGCUCGGAGAUGGAGGCGCUGCAGGCGGCGGCGGGGGCGGCGGCGGACAGCGUGCUACAGCGGCAGCAGCAGCCCUCCGGCCCCCAGCUGCACCCACAGGAGGGGGUGGCGGGUACGGCAGCAGGGGCAGCAGGGGAGCGGCACCCCGAUAUGGCUGCGUUGCUGGCGGAGCUGCAGGAGAGCGACCGGGACCUGCAGCUGGCCCUAGAGCACGCAGAGCUCCUGCAGCAGCAGCUGCAAGCCGUGCGACUCGGCGCCCCGCCCCCAGCAACAACAGCAACGGCUGCACCGCCGCCGCCACUAGCAGCAGCAGCAGCAGGAGCCUCCCUUGCCGGGGGGCAGCUCGCCCCACAACCGCAUGCCGCAACCGCCGCCGCCUCCGCCACAGCGGCGGCCGCUGCGGCUGCGGAGGUUGCCUUCCUGCGGCAGCGGCUGAGGGAGCUCACGGCCGCCAACCGGGCCCUACGUCGCGCAGCCAUGCAGGCGCAAGCGGCGAGGUCCGCAGGGGCAGCGGUUGCAGCAGCAGCCGCAGCUGCUGGGCUGAUGCCUGGGGCGGCGGCGGUGGCGGGUGCAGCGGAGGGGGUAGCGGCUGCGGCCGCCGGCAAGGAGCAGGGCCCCGCUGCAGCUGAGGCUGCCCCUGCAGCAGGGGCGGCGGAAGGGGCCCCAGGCGGCUCCGCAGCGGAACAGCAGCAGCCACUUCACAACCAGGAGCCGCAGGGGGGUCUCAGCCUGCAGCAAGCGCAGCAGCAGAUAGCACAGCUGAAGACGGAGCUGGAGCGCGCUCGCUGCCAGCUGGCGACUGUACGGCAGGAGAACGAGCGGUUGAUGGAUCUUAGCAACGAGGUACGAGCGCAGCGGGACAGGUACGGCAUGCAGCUGGCGGCGUUGAUGGCGGCGGCGGCGGCGACGGGAGCAGGGGCAGCGAUGUCGCCGUUGAACCAGGACAUGCGAGCUCCCCACUUCAGUAGUCCACCGCCGCUCCAGCCCUUGUCGUACACACCGCUACAGCCGACGUACGGCACACCCCCGCCGCCUCCGCAGCCUGCACCUGUACUGGGCACUGCCGGGGCCGGCAGCGCCUCGCCGCUGGGGAACGUGCUGCUUCCCGUCAUGGCCGCAGCAGCUGCAGCUGCUGCGGCGUCAGGAGGAGGAGGAGGCCUAGGAGGCUUUGGUUUGGGUUUCGGAGGGGGCCCGGGUGGGGGUUUGCCGUACGGGCUUCUUAGCCCCUCCGGUGCGCUGGGGGGGCUCGGCGGCCUGCCGCAGAUGGGGCUGCAGUGGCUGCCGCCGCCGCCGACAGCGGUGCCGCCCGUCCCAGUGCAUGGUGGUGCGGAGCUGCUUGGGGGGCCACCUGGGUCGAGGAAGACCGCACCUUCCAGUCACGAGGGGGCUCACGGCGGCGCCGACCUGGCCUCCAGCCGCUCCCCUUCACCGCCCUCCAGGCGAUCUACGGGCAGCCCCACCCGCAUACCCGCCGGCACCGGCGCCGGUGCUGCCGCUGCCGUGGAGGGGCACGCCUCCCACCGCUCCCGCUCCCCCUCACCACCCCGCCGAGUGCGUAGGCCGGGCAACAACAGCAGCGUCAGCACACGGCACAGCUCGCAGUCCCUCCAACACCUCAGUAACCACCAGCAGCUGACUUACCGCCGAACAGCCGCCAGCGACAGCGGCUGUGGUGCCUCCGCUGCCAACCCGCAAGCCGCAGCCCCCUCCCUCGAGCCCCAUGACGACCCCUCCUUCACUACCCUGCCACACCCCGUGCCUCCUGCCAGGGACCCAACCGCACAGGCGCAACUGGCCGCAUCAGCUCGCCACUCGCCCUUCUCCGGCAGCCUCACCGCCUCCGCCCGGGAGACGCAGUCCCAGCGUGCCUCGCUGCGAGCCCUGCACCGGCGGCGGGAGCAGCAGCAGCAGCAGAGCGCGGCGGCGGCGAGUGCGGCGGCGGCGCUGAGGCAGCGGGUUCGGAGCUACACCGUGAUUCGGGACGAGGGUGAGGGACCCCGGGUGGCGGCUGGGGGGCCGGAUGCGGCUGGGGUGGAUGCG